GAGGCCAUGCAGGAGAGCGGCGAGUAUUGGCGCGACGACGAUGUCGGGGAGGAGCUCUUGAGAGAGCUCCUCGACGGAACCGGCGCCAACGCCGCCGUGCAUUCCACCAACUCCAGUUCCAAGGAGGAAGAAGAGGAUCAGGAGGAGGUAGGAUAUUUGGCAGCAGCGGACGAGCAGCUGCAAGGGGCGCCGGCUUGCCGGCGGCGUCGGGAGCCCAUGGUGAACAAGCUCAUCUCCACGGUCUAUUCGGGCCCAACCAUCAGCGACAUCGAGAGUGCUCUCUCCUUCACCGCCGGCGGCGACCAGCAGCUGCUCGCCGACGGCCACAAGUACACUACCCCAGUGGUUUUCUCGCCGGAGAAGACGUUGAGCAAGACGAUGGAGAACAAGUAUACUCUGAAGAUGAAAAGCUGUGGGACUAAUGGUGGGCUCGCUGAUGAUGGGUACAAAUGGAGAAAGUAUGGCCAGAAAUCCAUCAAGAAUAGCCCCAACCCCAGGAGCUACUACCGGUGCACGAACCCGCGGUGCAACGCGAAGAAGCAGGUGGAGCGCGCUCUCGACGAACCGGACACGCUACUCGUCACCUACGAGGGUCUCCACCUGCACUACACCUACUCCCACUUCCUCCACACCACCCACCUGCAGCAGCAGCACCACCACUUCGCCGCCUCCAACUGCAAGAAGAAGCCCAAGCUGCACCUCCACGACGACCCCCCGCCUCCUCCUCCUCCAGCUCCGGCGCCGGAAAUGGACAUGACGACGAUGAUACAGAGCUUCAGCCAACAGCCGCCGUCGGGCGCCGCCGCUGCUCAUGAUAUGGUGGACGAUUGUUACAGCAGCUGCAGCUUGAUGAGCCUGGACGAGGCCGGCGGGCUCCUGGAGGACGUGGUGCCGCUUCUGGUCCGCCGCCCCAGCUGCAACUACUCGCCGCCCGUCACCUACACCUCGGACAACGACGGCUCCUCCCCCUCGACGUCUCCGUCUCCGUCCAUCUCCUCCUCCGUCUCCAGCUGGAACACUACUCCCAUGUCGCCCUGCAUCGACAUGGCCAUACUCUCCAACAUCUUCUAGCUACCUAGUUUGCUACUGCUAGCACCAAUAAUAUAUACUCGUAUAAUUAAUUGUAUUCUGCAUGCAUAUGAAAUUUUAUAUAUAUUAAUCCCUAGUAAGUAUAGAUAGGUAUAUAUAUGCAUGUAUUCGUGUGUACGUAGUACUAUAAUAUAGCUCUAGUUGUUGCAUGCUUUUGCA